AAAAUCAGCUGGGGAACUAACCUGUAAAAGUAAAUACUUAUUUGCUUAUUUCGUGACAUAAAACAUUAAUAACAACAAUUUUUCUGUGUGCAUUUGAGUAUGAAAGCCAGAUACCUAACAUUCUUUUCAUAUAUUGGGUCGACUUUCAGGUCCUCGGAGAAGCUUUGGUUGAAAGAUGGGAAGAACUACACAGACACGGAAAGCGUACAGGGCCGGCUGGAACUAGCUCUGCUGGGACUGCGUUCUUUGAACUACCCUAACGUUGUAUUGUCUAGCCGAACAGAUGGUGGGGUGCAUGCCUUAAACUCAAGCGCCCACUUCGACCUGGACCGCUAUGGCAGCAAGAUCUACGAACCACAUCAGAUCACAUUUAAAUUGAACAAACACUUCCUGAGAACUGAGACACCAAUCUACCUCAAGGACUGUUUGAGAGUGUCGGACAACUUCCAUGCCAGGUUUAAAGCUCUCUCUAGGACGUAUUUGUACAGGUUAGCCGUGUUGAAGCAAGAAAUUGAGUUACCAGAAUUCUCGAGCAUAGCACAACAUAUACCUAUAGAGGAGUGGAGGAGGUGCCAUUUUAUAAGAGCACCGGGGUUCGACAUACAGCGGUUCAAAGCGGGCUGCGAACACUUCGUCGGGCUCCACGACUUCACAACAUUCAAGCGCUUCGACAAACUGAAACAACACAAGCACAACCGACGCGAGAUCAAACACAUACUAGUGAGGCCGGGGACUCCGCUGAUAACUAGUUACCCGAGGGACAGUGUGUGGGACUACUGGGAUGUGGAGUUCAAGGCUAGGGCGUUUGUGCAUAAUCAGAUCCGCCGGAUGAUGGGCACACUGAUAAGCGUAGCAGUGGGCAAGCUGCCCGCCGACGAGAUAAAGCUUAUGCUGCAGGUCCCCUCCAAGCACUCCUGGCACAACUUCAUACAGAACUGCCCGCCGCAAGGACUGUAUCUCUGCAACGUCGAGUAUCACCCGGAGGAUCUAAUCUAUACGGAUAGUGGAGAUAGUCAAGUGGAAGACAGUGAUAGUGAGGAAGAAUGAACUUCCUAAAGGAGUUGUAGUAAGAAAGAAUUACUG